AUGUGGUUCAAGAUCCAUCGUCGCAAGAACGGCGGUACCGUAUCUUUGCGACCGCCCGCCACUGGAAUUACCACUCCACGAAAAGUAACUGCGAAAUCGUCCAAAAAGUCGGCUAAACGUUUUCAUUGGCCAAAUCUGCGCCGGUCUGUGCCUAUUCAACGUCGAAAAGUGUCGUCUUCGACUAUUGGAGUCCCUCCGAGGCCACGGACUGCUCUUCCACCUCCACCAAUUUCUAGUAUCGGUCCAAUUCAAAGAAGAAUUCGUUGUGGAACCACAGUAAUUCCGAUCAUGAGAGCCUCAGUUCUUCAUCUUCCUCCAUUGCCUUCAUCUCCCGCUGUGGCCCCUAAGCGUCGACCGUCGACAGCCUGUCCACCUCUGGAGGAGCGUCUCAUAAAGAUCCGUCGACUUAAUCGUCUUAGUCGUCCUCACCAUUGCAUGGAACAUUUCAACCCAGUCUACGAUGACGUCUACAGCUACGUAACGUCUGAAGAUGAGGCUAUCUAUGAAGAAAUUUUACCACCUCGUAAACGAGCUCAUGUAAUUCCCUUGGAGAAUCUUGACUUAAUGCAAGUCUCGGCUAUGGUAAUGGGGGACGCUCCUUUGAAACGAAAGAAAUCGGAAUCUUCCGCAGCUGGCUCAGCCCAAGGGGUUUAUGCUCUCCAUGGAGGGGAUUGGACUUCUGUUGCGUCUGGAAUUUAUGACGAUGUUGCUUCUUCGGGCAGCGAAAGUGAUGAAGAAUUUGAUCUAGGCAUGUUCAGGAAUGCAGAAAUCUACAGAUGGUCAGCAGUGAAUAGCUCAAAUGGCACAGAAAACAUUCCUUGGACUCCUACAAUUCUUGGACGAUCAGUUGAAUGUGGGGACGACCAAUGGUUUCAUCAGAAUCCAUACUUCUUACAUUAG